AUGCCUGCCUCUGAUAUAAAUUGCUCUUUCUCGGGAGGAGGAAGCGCGUGUGCAGCAAGUCACCCAGUGAAGAGUCAGGAAAGCAGAGAGCCAGGCGAGAGUAAAAGCCCCCGUGGCCGCGUGUCCGAGCUCAAGCCCAGCGUGGUCUUCCACCAAAUAUCUUCCACUGCAUCCAUUCCACGUCGAGACAAGACCCAAGAGAAGAAAAAGAGAAGACGAUGGAGAAAGCCAAAGCCAGGGAGAGCCCAGAGCCAGGCCGGAUGCCACGAGCCGGGAAUCUCGUUUUGCUGUUUUGUGCGACGGUCGCGAGAGUGCCUCUGGGUGUUGCACUGGAAGAGUGUCAUUCCUCCGUAA